GGCUUUUUAAGUCACUCUCCUUUAGAUGUCCCGGGACACUUUUGCCUUCUCCUCCGCCUCUCUGCGCUCCUUGAGGCUGGAGCAAGAGCUUCAGGACUGGGAGGAUGCCAGGCGGGCGCUGGCACACAGGAGGGUCAUGUUGAGACGUCCGCUGCCUGCCGCCCCCAGGCUCCGGCACGGGAACGAGAGGAUCCAGACCGUCCACGCUCCGCCACCCCAAAUAAAGUGCAGAGACACUGCCAUCCAUAACACCUUCAUGUGCGGAGAUAUGAAGGGAGUGUACGCCGUCCUCAAAGAGCCGGGCAUGGUGAACGCCUUGAUGGAGACCGUGCAUGAGGAGAUGGUGUGGACCCCGGAGAUGGGAAUGUGGACUCUGAGCUCCAAGAUCAAGCAGACGUCUGCGCUGCGUCUGGCGGCCAGCAGGGGGCACUCUGCCUGUGUGGAGGAGCUGCUGUUCAGGGGAGCAGAGGUGGACGCAGACCCCGGUGGCCGAACUGCUUUACAUGAUGCCUGCUCCGGAGGCCAUGAUGUCUGCGUGCGUCUGCUCCUGGACCACGCCGCUGACCCGGACCUGCUGGCGAUGGAUGGCAAUGCCCCGCUGCACCUCUGCAAUGCACCGCACACAUAUCAGUGUGCGGAGCUGUUGGUGAGCAGUGGCGCGCUAGUGAACGUGGCCCAGCGGGACUCAUGUCUGACCCCUCUUCACGUGGCCUGCAGGAGAGGACUGGAGGAGCACGUUGAGCUCUACCUGUCCUAUGGUGGAGACGUGAUGGCCCGCAGCCAGGAAGGAGAGACGCCACUGAACGCAGCCUGUGCUGGAGCGGAGAGGCCUGCAGAAAUGGGCCGCUAUCUGCGUAUUGUCCAGAACCUGCUAGCGGCUGGAGCUGAUGCACAGACAUGUGGUAGAAAGAAGCACACAGCCCUGCAUAACGCCUGUGGAAACUGCUGCCCGCGCAUUGUUAAGCUUCUGCUGGAACAUGGGGCUCGUGCUGAUGUGGAGAACUGUGCCGGAUACACACCGAUGGACUGCCUGCUGCAGGUAAUAGAGGAUUAUCCCGAGCAGCAGCCAGAGAUUGUGGCCCAGUUUCUUCUUAACUAUGGAGCAAAGCCGCCAUCCCCUAGAAUGCUGAAACUCUGCUUGCCCUCUCUUGCCACUCUGGAGGUGAUGCUGAAUUGUUAUCCAGUCAUUCCAGCUUGUGAAGAGUGGCUUGAAGACACAACAGACCAAAUAACCAAGGAUCAUCAGUGUUUUUUGGAUGCGGUGCGGCAGAUGAGCGGUCAGCUUCGCUCUCUUCAACACCUCUGCCGAUGUGCCCUCCGGCGCCACCUGGGGUCCCUGUGCCACAUCUCUAUUAGCCAGCUUAACAUCCCCAGCACUUUAAAAGAUUAUCUGCUGCUGCACAAUGACGGACAACUCCGCUGAGUUGCACAAACAAAACAUAAACGACUGGAAACAGUGGGUUGGAUCUUUUUACAAGCUAUCUUUAUCAGCUGUGACAGAUUUUUACUGCUGCUUUCAGUAGACACUGUCCAUUUAAGGGGAAAUAAUGGCCUGGUUGAACUGGUCCAUUAACCCGUUAUACCGAGAUGCCCACAGUGGUCUGACACACAGAAAUAAUGCACUGCAAAUAUUGAUUGAUGGAUAGUGGUUGAAAAUGUGCCACUGGCUAUUCUCACAAUGUGAAAUAAACAAACAAAUGAGAACCAGA